GAGCCGAAUCUCUCUGAGGACAUGACUUAUUGAAUAAACCAGUGAGGAUUUUAAGAAACGUCCCACAGUUAACCGGACGCCGCACUUUCACACAACAUGUGGGCUUGUAAAAGGAGCCUGAGCAGCACAGUGACCUCCGUCCUCCGGGUUCUCCGCAGUGAUCCAGUCGUCGUUGUUUCGGGCCAGGUGCAGAGAUGUCUGUCCACGCAGACGGACGGUGAGGUCCGCAUCGCCAAGAUACUGAAGGAGAAGUUUCCGUCAGCCUCGUCGCUCAAAGUUGUGGAUAUAUCGGGUGGUUGUGGGGCCAUGUACGAGAUCCAUAUAGAGUCCAGUGAGUUCAAAGGAAAAAGGACAAUCCAGCAACACCAAUUAGUCAAUCAGGCACUCAAGGAGGAGAUUCAAGGAAUGCAUGGACUGCGAAUAUUUACUGAUGUUCCAAAACAUUAGAGAAAGUCCAUCCAUGACUGAAUGUACAGUUUUAAAGAGGAUAUUGUGUAUUUAAGGAAUUCCAUGAUAAUUGUUAAGGUGCCAGUGACAGCAGGACAUGUUGUCAGUUACACAUUAACAGUGUGAAAUGUGUAAGAAAUGUAAGAUUACACUAAGUUAUCGUUUCUUUUUCUUUUUUUUAAGUAGUGACAUAUCUGCUACUCUACUCUGUAUAAAACUGGUGAAGGCUACAAUACGCACAAAAUGACUAAAUGCUAGUAAAAUGUCAAGUCAUGUAGAUUUCUUCCCAAUGUGGGGUCUUCUCAGGGUUGAUAAUGAUGCUGGUGUAGUGAUAUGCAUUUGAAGAAGUAAUAAAUACAACCAUCCUGAAUAGCGGAGGAUUGCUACAAACCCAAAA